AUGAACGAGAGGCACUUCAUUAACAACGUCCUGAUUAAAUACUUCGUUGCGAAGAGGUACUCGAAAUGCAUAUACAAGAGAAGAGACGAUCCUGAUGGGGGGCUCCUACGCCUGUAUAAAUGUGCCAAGUGGUACAAAGAACUAAAAACAGUGGAUAGAUACGGUCGGUCGAAUGAACGGUUGUAUGUUACCUACACGAGUGACAAAGACGUGAAGAUGUCCCACGUGAAGCAGAGGAUUAUUAAGCAGAAGGUUGUGAAAAACUUUCCAAUGGUUUUUUAUGGCUGUGUUGUCUUGUUGGUGGUGCUAUCGUGUAUUGUAUGUCUGCUCGUCUACAACAAUCACAAGCAUGUGGAGUGUGUCCUUCCGUAUGGAGACUGCCCGGUAAUUCUACACAAGGAGGUCGAUAGCUUUUUUGUAAAUGUAAGGAUGCAUGAACUGAGCAAGGAACGCAUACUGGAGGUGUAUUCUGCGAUGAGGAAUGUUCCCCUCUGGCGAAGUGACGCCAUUAAGUUGAAAAAGAAAAAAAAGUAUUCCCUUCUAAACACAGACAAUGUGAAGUGCAAAAAAUGCAAGGUUGUUUUUCGCCUCGAGGGGAAAGAAACGCUUCAGGACAUCUUCCACUUUGAGGGGGUUAAUAAAUGCGAGAAGACGAUUAGGAGGGAGCACUGCAUUCAUGUGAAGGACGGCACCAUUUGGAACGAGCGUAUUCACCUAUACAAGCGGUACAGGGGGCCCAUAAAAAACAUGGACGAGCUUCAAAAGGGGGCGGCACGGGAGAAGGUCGUCCUGGACGACCGAGUCAAGUUCCUGCAUCCCUCCCUGAAGGACUACGUGUUGAACUUGGACUACUUCACUCUGCGAAGCGGAACGGGGCAAAAAAUCCCCGUGAAUGAAGAACCGCUCAGGGGGGGAAAAACCCUGAAGGAGAAGAAUCAGCACAUUUGUCCCCCCGAGUACAGGAAGACGUUCGGGAACGACACGUUCUACUGGCUGUGCCCUCAAUUUUACGAAGAGGAGAGAGGGUCCACCGAGCACACCAUUGCCCUGUCGAUAAUGCAAAUGGUAAACAUGCAGGGGGCAGGAGAAGCAGACGAAAACAAACACGUCCUUGAAAUGUCCAAGCUGAGUGCAACUGCUCGUCGGUACGAUCACUUUGGGUUCAUCGAAGGGAAGUUGGAGCUCCCUCUUAAGGUCGACAUUUUUAGCCGCUUCCAACCGGAGGAUGGAGAAACCGAGAAAAUGGACAUGCUGGAAAAGAUUUAUAGGGCCUUUUUCUGCCAAGGUGAGGAGGGGUCCCAUUCCGAAGGGGAGGAACAUAAUACGUAUUCCCACUCUGGCGCUUCAAGUCAGGAUGGAGUGUCCAGAAUGGAGUUCUCCUUUUCAAACCAUUCGGGUGAGAAGAAGGAAGAACCGGGGACGUUACAAGGAGAGGUCGGAAGAGAUACGUAUAACAAUACAGGGAAGGAAAAUACAUCUGUUCGGAUAGGGGGUACUUCCGCUAGUGGGGAGGAGUAUCUCCCGCUGGAGGACCUAUGUCGAGAAGACAACUACGCUGAAGUGGACAACAUGAGGGAUGUGACGGAAAAGUCAACUGAAGGAGGAAAGGGACACACUAGACGGGUCCUCAUAAAGGAAAUACCAACCUUCGGAAAAGACAAACGGAAGGAGAAAGAAGCAAUAGGAUUGGAUAAGGAACUGGUGAUUAUAUCUCCUUCUCUCUUUUUUGGAAUAAUGGAAGGACUGCUAAGUAUUGUCAUUUUUUUGUUACUCCUUCUGCUUGGAAUGGUCUGCGUAAUGGUGGCCAUUUAUAUCUGCCUGACCAUUGGAUAUGACGUGUCUGUUAUUUUGCGGGAUCAGGGGGAGAUUGAGCAGAUGCCCAAGUACUUGAAGCGACUGUCGAGGCAGCUCACUAGGGGUGGUGACUACGUUUCUGUUGGGGGUAGAGACGGGGGUUACUUUAGAAUCCACCGCCAUGCGAGUUACCCGUUUUAG